AUGCCAAAAAUGCUAAGUGACACACGCUGGUCAUGUCGUGCAGAUGCUUGUCAAACAUUAGUCCAUGGCUAUGAAAAUAAAAUGAAAAUUUUAUUUGCAUUUUCAACUGACAUUGAAGAAAAAUCUAAAACCGCAAAAGGACUAUUUGAUCAGAUGAGCAAACUUGAGACAUGGAUUUUUGCAGAAUUCUGGAACACUGUUUUGCAGCAUUUCAACAGCAACAGCAAAACUCUGCAGUCUGUUCAGCUGAACUUAAAUGCUGCAGUUGGUGUUUUGAAAUCGUUAAAAGAUUUUAUUAAUGAACAGCGUACUAAAUGUGAAGAAGCUGGCAAUCGUCUAACAGAUACUGAAGAAUAUAUUGUGGAACAUCGCCAUCUUCAAUGCCUGUCAGCAGCCACUUGA